AUGAUUUCCUUGCAGAUUGUUGGCCAUUCCCUCGGCGGAGCUAUGGCAUCACUGGCUGCGUCAUACAUUGAAAAAGUAAAGUUGUACGAUGGGAACCUGAUCAAAUUGGUGACUUUUGGUCAGCCAAGAACUGGCGAUGACGUCUUUGCAAAAGCACAUGAUGCUCAGAUUCCAUACUCAUUUCGUAUCGUUCAUGGUCACGACAACAUUCCACAUAACCCGCUAAACGGAUUCCGCCAUUACAGGCAUCACAAAUCAGAGGUAUGGUACAACAACAAUAUGACAACUGCCGAUUACGUUGAAUGCGAUGAGGAGGAGAGCAAAGUGUGCAGUGAUCAGAUCAGUAUAGCCGAUCUUACAUUUCAUGAUCAUCAUCGCUACUACAACGUGUACAUAUCAGAAUGGGGAGCUGUUGGAUGCACAGGAGAUCCAGAAAAUCCCCAUUCCCACUCUUCCAUUUCGCCCAAGUGA